AGUUUUAAGGAAACAAGUCAUAAAUCCUUUUGAAUCCUGACCACUAGUACGAACAACCUGCAUCUAAAACAUGAUUGCGUACAGAACCUCACUCAUCAUACUCCUCUUUCUGACGGCUGUGAUCUCGGACAAACCCCACGUUGCUCUAAAGUUUGGUGAUGAUAAAUCAAGUUAUAUAAUGAUUGCCCCGGACAUGUCCCCACUAGAGGAACAGGUGUCAAUCUGUGCCUGGAUAAAGAAACUGAGUCCCACUUCUAAUUAUGGAGUGUGGCUUCAUUACCACACUAGGGAUAGUGAAACUGAGAUACUCUUCUCUGAAAACUUUAACUACGCUUAUUUCAUGUCUGGCAACAUUCCAAAGAGUCAGACUCACGUACAUUCAGAGUGGUACCAUAUUUGCAUUACAUGGUCUUACAGCAGCGGGAAGAAGACCCUCUUCUACAAUGGCGUGCAGAUUGGGACUGCCUCGUCGCGCUCUGGACGGAAGUUAUCUCUCGCAACCGGCUAUCUCGUUAUCGGACAAUAUCAUAUCACCUACAAGAUGGAGGCUUGGUUUAGGAAUGGUAACUCAUUCGGAGGUGAAAUCACAAAGUUGAACAUCCUGAAAAGAGAACUGACCGAACAAGAGGUAGCCAAAAUGUACAAGUCAGGGAUCUGUUCCAGCUUUGAAGAAACACUUGAAACUGACACCCAUCUUUCGUGGGAGAUGCUACUUUCCGAUGAUACCGAAAAACAUGGAAACAUUGUGAAGUUAAACUUGACCUGUCCGGAUCACACACACGAGCCAACCACUGGGAUUCCUACCACGGCUGUACCAACCACUGCUGUACCAACCACUGCUGUACCAACCACUGCUGUACCAACCACGGCUGCGCCAACAGAAGAAUCUGAGGGGGGCUGCAACAACCGCUGGGCAAUCCUCCGACUGUCUGAGUUCUAUAAUAAGGAAGUGACAGCCACCAUGAUGCAAGAUUUGAGGGAAAGAUGGGAACUUUUAGCUGAGUUUGAAGGGCAUGUCAUAGAUGAUAGCUUAAUAUCCCACCUGAAGGAACAUCACUGUACCAACGAACAACAAUAACUCUCGCGAUUUACGAAACCAGGAAAAGACACAAUAAUACGGAGCUCAAGAUGAGGAUUUAUUAAGCUAGUGACAUUUCUGACUUCACUGGUGACAUUAUGUGAACAUUCUAUGAACGAUAUACAUUUUUAUAAUGAACUCAACGAAACAGCGUAAAGAAUCUAUUAGAUUAAUUUCUGGUUUUAAUUACUUUAAGUUUAACUUAAUCAUUACGGUUUGAUGAACUCUUAUUGAUGCGGUCAACUAUAAUACACAGCUUCGUAUAGCUGUAUAGUGUUAUAAGAGUUAACAAUUUUAAAAAUAAGAUACAACUUAUUUAGCUAGUAAAACUUCACUGGUGACAUAAUGCGAACUUUCUCUAAGUCUAAAUAAUAUUUUAGUAUUAACGGUUUCUGAUUUUAUAAUGAACUAAUUUAUAAUUUACAAUUAAUUUGGGGAUAUAUUUUUGAUUCACGUGAGUUACGACGUUAAAUUAAAUAAUUUUUGUUUUAGAAUAUGAAUGAAUCGAUUAAUAACAGUUGGAAAUAUUUCUCCU